AAAGGGAAAGGCAAGCUCACCCCGCGCCACAAGCCACAACAUCACCUCAACCAGCGACAAGCGUAUCCUUGUCCGGGGGUAUAUAAUCUCUGCCUGCCACUCCCGCUGCGGCCUGUGCCCUGACAUAACCACCAUACCCAUCCAACUCCCGAAACAUUCCUAAACGGAUAAAGUAGAGGCACCUCCAACCUACUCAUACAGCACUUUUCCUUCGAGGACAUUUUAUUUAUUUGCUCGACUGAGCACGACCACGACGAAAACGAAAGGAUAUUGUCGCACAGCAUCAUAGGCAAAGCAUCGAUCAUCUGAUAUCGAUCUCUCGAUAUCCCAACCCAGUCCCCGGAAAGGGAUAGCGAAAAGGCUUCCUACAUACAUCUUGCGCUACCACAACACAACAUACACAACAUACACAACAUGAGGAUCUCUAGUUUCGUCGCUGCGGCCUGGCUUGCGUGUCAGACGUCGGCGUUUGCGCUCCCUUCUGCUGAAGAUGGAGUGCUGGUUGAGCGUGAGGAGGUCGAGUUUGCGCAGAGCGGGUUUGCGGAGCGCGAUCUAGACGAUGCGGAGGCGUCGCAGCUGUAUAAGCGCAAAGGAGGUGGUGGAGGGGGUGGCAAGGGUGGUGGUGGGAGUUCGAGUGGGGGGUCGUCGAGUAGUGGGUCGAGUAGUGGGAGAGGGUCUUCUGGGUACGUUUGUUCUUGCUCUUCUUCUUCGUCUGCAUGGGAGGGUGAUAUUGAGGGGUAUGAAUCGUCGGGUAGCAGGGGCUGAAUGGGAGGAGUUGUGGUGGUAAUGGGGCCCCGAAUUCGAGGGGAAGCUGUGCCUGGGGUGCGCUCGCUGUGGGGUGGCGGUGGGGGAAGUAGUACUUCUCUAAAGGCUGAGGAAGCAAUUGGGCUACAGUAAGGCAUCAUUUUGACCACCAUCUGACAAUUUCUAGUGGUUCAUCUAGCGGAUCCCCAGGCCCAGGCUCAAAUGUCGGCGGUGCCUCAAGAUCAGGCUCCGGCGCUCCACGAGGAUUUGGAGGUGGGAGAUAUUACGGCGGAGGAGCAGCAACCCCAUACAGUUCAGGCGGUAGAUCACCAGGUGGAAUCAGUCCCCUCGCAAUAGGUGUAAUAGGAGGAGUUGGAGCCGGAGUAGCAUUAUCCUCCUACCACGGAUCCUGGCCAUAUGGACUUUACAGCUACCCAUAUAUCCAUCCAUACACAUAUUACAACCGAACAGGACGACGAAACCGAACAGCCACAUCUACCUCAGCAUCCCCAACAGCAACACCCACGCUCAACCCAAGAAACUUGUACGAGCGACAGGAAGAUGGACAGGGAGUCAAUGAGACCAAACCUGUUGACUGUGUUUGUGCCGCUUAUGCGGUUUGUGGCUGUGAUGAUAAUGGAAACUCGACGUUCCUUGCAGAUAUAAUUGGAGAUGGGACGAACCUCAAUGAAUCUCUUGUUACUAUCUCUGUCAUCAACGGGACCGAGAUGUUUGUCCUCAAUGGAACUCUGCCAAACGGUACCACGGCAGCUGAUCCAAAUGCCCCCGAUGACGCCGAAUCAGGUGCUUCGACUACGGUUCCAAGUCCCUCUCUUGGGGGUAUCUUCAAGUCGACUGCCUACCUUUUCAUGGUUGCUCUUGUGGGAUGUACGGUUUUCCUCGCAUAAAUCAAUUCUUCUUACGUCAAGAAGAAAAUCAAAAAUCAUCAACCCAAAAAAUUCGACGCUCGACAUUCGGCAAAUAUAUGUUUCAAUUCGACGCUUCUUGUAUUUAAAUAAUCUUUCUUUCCUUUUUCCUUUCCUUCGACAGGACUUCGUACAUUUGGUACGGAAUUCAGCAUCGAACAUAGACGACUUUGGGUGGCUUCUUCAUUCAUUUUCCUGGCGUUUGUUGCGACAAGGGGUUUCAUGUGUGGGCGACAUACAUGAAUUGUCACUUUUCUCUUCAUUCUUGGGGGAGUGGGUAGUCCUUUUGUUGGACGAACAUAAUUAAAGUCUGUUUCUCUUGAGGGAAGGAUUAUGAGUAACAUGAAUGAUUGAUUGGUUUUCACUUUAUACCCCC